AUGGAGUAUGAUGGAGAACUAGAUGAAGAAACUGAGGCUUUUGGUGCAGAAUUAGAUAGCCUGUUGCAGGGUAAUCUGGGCAUCAACAUGGUCUUCAUCUUGCCAGAAGAAUUCAGGGCAGCAGAAGGGCAAGAAAACACUUUGGAAGGAGAUGUUUUCUCCCAGGAAAGCUUUGAGUGCAGGUUGGCAGAAGUAGAAGAGGCACCAGAGCAACAAGCCCCUAUUGCCAAGACAAGUGGAACUGCCAUGAAACUGACUGCAGAACAGCUUUGCUUCUCCAAACCAACCAAGGAGAUGGCCAAUCACCUCAGACCUUUGUUCAUAACAGCAAACUUUGGGGGUAUUCCUAUUCCUAAGGUCUUGGUGGAUGGAGGUGCAGCUAGAACAGCAAGCCCCUACUUACCCCACAGAUUGUUGAGUAAGAUGAGCAGAACAGAGAAGGAUUUAAUUCCAACACGUUUAACUAUCACCAAUUUUGAUGGGGGCAUCACCAAGACUCAUGGAAUCCUGGAUGUGGAUGUCAUAGUUGGAACCAAGGAAUUGAAGAUUGCAUUUUUCGUGGUAGAUACUACUUCUACCACUUACAAUGCAUUGCUUGGCAAGGACUGGAUUCACCAGGGCUUAUGUGUUCCUUCCACUCUACAUCAACAAUUAGCCCUUUGGAAUGAAGAAGGUUACAUGGAGAUAGUAGAGGCUGAUGCACGACCAUUUCUUCAUUCUGCCAUGUGUUUUGAGGCAAGGUAUUAUCAUUAUGACCUUGGUCCUUUCACCUUCCUUAGAGUCAAUCAGAACGGCCGCCCUCAUGGUGUCACAUCCUAG